UUUCCGAUUCUUCCACGCGCUCCAGCCAAGCGUGAACGACAUCGGGAAAUGUCCUCCCGUGUCCUCUCCGUUGAGCAAACAAAGUGAAUCUCCCAUCAUAAAAUAAAUUUUUAAUGCAUAUUUUCAGCAACAAUUAUCGAUUGACCGUCAUCGAUGGGCUUUUACUCUGCGGAUCACCAAAGUGGAAGAUUCGAUGACGAGGGUGACACUAGCUGACGACAGUAGAGUGCAUCUACUGGACGUACAUCUCACGCACAGCGCAACGACAGCAGCAAUGCUAUUUAAUGAGAAUAUUGCGACAAGCUCAGUUUAGUUCGAUUGAAAUUACUACAGAAUUCAGAAGUACUAAGGAGCAAACGUCCUCGACAGGGCCGUGUGGGUAACUAGCAGAAAACAGCGGCAGACGGAGUUUCUAACAUCACCAGCAAGAUGAAAAUCUCAUUGGCAACACCUUUGGUCACCCUCUUCAGCUUACACAUUAUAGUUAUAGCCAUAGUUCGGGCGGAGCAUGAUGGAAAAUACAGCAAAAAUCGAUAUGGAACUGGAAAUCACGGCAAAUAUGUCCACACAAAUGGAGGUGAUUAUGUAGAAGAUGUAGAUCGCUAUCGCUACGUUCAUUACGACGAUGGCGAUCGAGGUCGCUACAUCCAUGUGCACUUUCCGUACGACGGCGGAUACGGCAACUACGCGGGUGGUCACGAGCCCUUCCGUAAUCCGCCGUACGACGCUUCUGGAUUGUAUGCGUACGUUCAGAAACCGAAAAACGAAUCCUGUUUACGGUUACUAGAACAGUAUUAUAACACUUGCAGCGAUUCCAGCUUGGAUAAUCCAUUCAAGUCCAAUGAAUAUGAUAUCAAGCAGCCCUCGAUUUAUCUGGAGUACGGUACUCCCGAGCCGGAAUUCGUCGAUGCAUCAUCACCUCAGGGAAAACUAUCGUCGGCUUCUUCUGCUAGAGAACAUGAUCCACGAAUAUCCAGCUUCCCGGCCACGGCUUACCUUCCUGUUCCAAAACCACCACGGAAUGAAUAUCUUCCCCCAGUACGACCAAAAUUGAACAGCUCCAGCAAGUUGAUUUCCACAAAAGUAGUCGAUAUCAAUUCGAAACCGAUUCGAGCCGUCAGUGGCCAGGAAUCCAAAAUUGAAUCAAUCACCAAGAAUCCAGACAUAACUCGGAACCACGUGACCGUGGCAAACAGAAAAAUACCCGAAUCGACUACUACAACUGCAUCGCCUACCACAACGGCGACAACUCCUGCAUUUACUAGAGCUCCUACGAAGGUAACAGCUCCUGUGUCCACCAGAACUUUAAUCAAGGUCACAUCUCAGGCAUCGACCAGAGCUUCAACCAGAGUUACAACUCCAAGACCUACCAGUGCCUUCUCUUCCACAAAGACCACGACGUCAACGCGGUCACCUAAAACUACCGUGCCACUGCCGUCCAUCGAGGAACAGCUUCAUCAGUGUCGAUCAGAACUGCAGGCAGCGCUGCUCAAGCUGAGCCACAGUGGCCGUUCCAAAUGUGACUUAAGGUUUGGCCACAUUUUUCGCACCUAUAUAAACAGAAUCAUCUUGAGUUUUGGGGACAUCAGUUUGGCAGAUACCGUCUGGAAGAACGUUUUGAAGUGCAUCUUCGGUGAAGCAAUGAAGUGUCUAAUUGUGUUAUCGCUGUUGGCAGUGGGUUGUGCCCUGGCCCAAAACUACAACGAUGGACAGUACUACCCGGAGGUGUACGCUGCAAAAUUCGACGAUGGAAAGUGGCGUCCGGAUAAUAGUGGGGCAUACCAGGGACGUACUGGUGUAGCAAAAACUUCGUCUGGUGUUGGAGGUGUUGGUUUAUCUGGUGCCGGAGGUUUUGGGUCAUCUGGAGUUGGCGGUUCCGGCUCGUCUAGAGUUGGAAGUUUUGGCUCAUCCGGAGUUAAAGGAUUUGGUUCAUCAGGAGCUGGAGGUGUCGGUUUAUCUGGAGUUGGAGGUUUUGGCUCAUCAGGACUAGGAGGUGUAGGCAGUCGCUUCGCAGGUGCUUCCGUCGGAGGAAGUGGAGUAGCUGCCUCAGGUUCAUCAGGAAACUCUUUUGGAGCUGGCGCUUCGAAUAGUGGUUCAAACAAUGCCUUUUCUGCUGGUGGUGGUCUAUCCAGCAGCAAAAAGUUUAAGACUAGCUCCGACGAGUCUUCGGAUGCCAGUAAGAUUGGCGUCAAAGAAGACACCCGAGAGUUAAACGAAGAUGGUUCAUACUACUACAAGAUAGUAAAUGAUAAUAAUAUUGAAUUUUCGGAAUCAGGACGAGUGGAAAACGUUGGAACAGAUGAUGAAGCUAUGCGCGCUACGGGAUAUUAUGAAUACAUCGGCGACGACGGUGUUCUGUACCGAGUAGACUACGUGGCCGACGAAAAUGGUUUCCAACCAACGGGCUCUCAUUUGCCAACUCCACCACCUAUUCCAAAUGAAAUUUUGCAAUCUUUGCAACAACGAGGACUGAUUCGCAAAUAAGGUUAUGUAUAAAUGGUCUUAGGAAAAUGGAAAAAUCUAAA